AGCAAGCAAACGAGGACGUCUCAGGAAUGCAGCUGCCUGUAAAUGGCGGACAACAAAACUACAAAUCCCACAAUUCAACGCGUAUACCUCGUGACUUCUACUCGCGUCGAAAAUGGCGGCAAGUGGCAGCCGCGAUGGCAGUUACCUCAGUCACAUCCCCCACUACGAAGAGGCAGCGUUGGAGAUGAAUACUCAGGUCUUUCACGUAGCUUCUUUUGGGGCCGCUUGGAAGGAGGCGCUGCGCCCGCAAGACCUGGCUCUACAAGAACGGGUGUCUGAAGACGAGGAUGCCGCCAUAGCCCAGGAGUUCAGCUGCCCGCCGGACAUCGUGUCCGAGCUGAAGGCUGCGUGCAGUAUAGAUGCAUUAAAGAGCCCUGGUAAAGAAGACACUGAAGAAAUACCUGAAGACACCAAUCUGGUCACUCUCACAAUGAGGAAGAAGGCCCUGGAAAGGAGAGAAGAAUCGAUCGUUAUAGAUCGUGCAUGUAGACUAGAAACAUUCAUUUAUGAGAUGGAAUCUCAUUCAAUUGGAAAGAGACCCAAGGAUCCCGUAAACCUAGUCAGUGAGGGAGAGCUUGUUUUAACCCUCAAUAUUUUCUAUCCAGUUAUAUUUCAGAAGCAUAAGAUCCGCAAGCCAUAUCAGACAAUGCUGGUUCUAGGCAGCCAAAAACUUACUGAGGUCAGAGAUUCUAUUUCCUGUGUCAGUGAUCUUCAGAUUGGUGGGGAGUUUAGCAGUUGUCCUGACUUGGCACCAGAACAUAUCAGUAAGGAUCUUUACAAGUCUGCCUUUUUCUAUUUUGAGGGCAUUUUUUACAAUGAUAUGAGGUACCCAGACUGUAGAGACCUGAGCAGGACAAUUACUGAGUGGGCAGAAUCUCGUGAGAGAGGUUACGCUAAUCUUCAAGCUGCUAAAAUGGAAGACUACACAUUUAACGAUUUGAACAUCAAAGUUGGCUUCCCAUACCUUUACUGCCACCAAGGAGACUGUGAGCACAUAGUUAUUAUCACAGAUAUCAGGCUAAUUCAUCGGGAUGACUGUCUAGAUAGGAGGCUUUAUCCCUUGUUAAUCAAGAAACAUUGGCUGUCAACCAAGAAAUGCUUUGUAUGCAAAAUGUACACGGCCAGAUGGGUGACCAACGAUGACAGCCUUGCUCCGCAAGACCCUUCAUUCUUUUGUGACACUUGUUUCCAAAUGCUCCACUAUGAUGCAGAUGGCAACAAAUUAGGACAGUUUCUUGCCUACCCGUAUGUCGAUCCAGGGAUUUUCAACUGAGACUGUCAAAGAGCAAGACAACAAGACUGUUCUAUAAUCUGCUUCAGUAGUUGCUGGAAUGCGAAACAUCAAAUAGUACAACUAUGCAGUGGCCUUUUUUGUCUUUUUCAGAAUAUCAUGUCUUCAGUAUAUUUGAUGUUUUUGCUUUUGCAAGUCAUUCAAAUGGCAACAUCCUCCAAAAUGCAGACCAUGUUAAUUUAAAAGAUGCAUAUAGUUGUGUUCUCAUGAACAUUCUUAAGAGUGAUCUUGACCAAAUUGUAUGUGUGUUUUAUUCUUGUCUUAGUUGGAUUUAAAUGAAAGCUAUUUUGCCUUUUUGCCGAGUAAAUGUAAUGAGGGUCUACAUUUUCACUAAUUCACGUCUAAAGCAUGAACUUUAAAAAAGCAAAAUGUUUAAGGGCAGUUAAAUCCUUCCCUUUUACUACCUUGUUGAAUUCUUUUUUAAGGGUUUUACUUCAAACGUAGACGCUGGAAGUCUGAAAAGUCUGAAGAAAAUCAAAGAAAGCUGUAGAACACAGUGAGGCAAGGAGCAGCAGGGUUAGCUUCCUUUAGCCACACACUCAAUUUUUUAUUUGUCUCUAGAUGUAAACAGCACUGACUAAUUGAUCCCUGCCUCUACCACAUCUAGUUUGGUCCUUACAUGCUGCUGGGUGGGUGUCAUUUAAUAUAUACCUGCUCUUUUAUUAAUUCCUUUCCAUGUACUAGUUUUUCUAGUUCUUCGAGAAUUAUAAUGAGUAGGAAGAAAAAGUGGUGGGAAGUCCUAGUCUAACAAGAUAAUCUUGUCCUCUUCGCUGCCACCCCAAGUGUUGAGUGUUGGUUUACUGCUAGGUGUUUCCCAUGAGAGAAGAGGAACAAAAGGAAUCAUCAGGCUCUUUGAAGUUUGCAUUCUAGAUACACCACCUAGAAACUCUCACUUAUAUUAUCCUCUGCAUAUUAGGGUGUGCUACAAAACUGUCUUGAAUGUUUGUUACAGGAUUAUCUGGAAUAACACCAGUUCUCUGGAUUCAGUAACUAAGAGUGGUUUUUCUCUGUGUGAGUGAGAUCAGGCAUCUGCAAAUAAAAUGGGAUGCAGUCAGUAUACCACAUUUAAUUUUGCCUGUUCUUAAAUUUGUCUGCAUCUGUGUGCAUCCUUUGUAACUGAAUUAAUAACAUAAUAGGUAUUAAGCAUUUCAUUGUUUCACAGUUGCAUUUAUUGUAUUGAUGGGUUUUGGCUUAUGAACUGAACUGAAACCUUUAAUGGCAUUCAGAUAACAAGAAUAAUACAUACUUUAAAAAGGUACAAAUUUAUAAAAUAGCAUAUAAAUCCUCUAAAAUGAUAAAUUAAAAACUGAAUAAAGUGUUUCAAAGGUUACAUUUUGGUUUAUUUAACUAUACAUGGUCCUGUUUUAUACUUAAUGUUUUGGAUGUGUAUGUAUAUAGAUAAAAAUAAAAAUUGCAUUCAGAGUUGUGACUUAACAGUAUUAAUUUAUAGUAGAGCUGUAGCCAAAGAUUUGACUGGCUAUAAACAAAUGGAUUCCCUGA